GAAUCUAUUUCGAAUCAGCCGUCCACACUUGGCUAUUUUUGUAAAGCAACGUGUAACAUGAGCUCACACCCGGCAAACACAUUCUCCUUCACGCAGAGAAAGACAGAGACUCAAACCAAAAGACAAAAGACAACUCUCAGUCUUUCUGUGUCCCACAACAAAGAUUUCAGACGAGUUUUAACGCUCUGAUCUUUCACUGAGUCCAAGGGGAAUGGCGAAGGAGUGCUGCUCAGAGGAGUGAGACAGGAUUUCAAGUUACGGGACAAAGAGACAGAAACGUUGUGAUGACUCUCCAGUGGACGGCGGUGGCCUUCUUCCUGUAUGCAGAGAUCGUGUUCAACCUCAUCCUGUGCAUACCCUUCAUAUCAGCACACAGAUGGCAUUUAGUUUUCAAAUGGAGAAUCUGGAGCUGGUUAUCUCCCUACUGGAACAAGUUCUUCUUUGCGAUGAUAAUGGCCCUUGUUGUUCUUUUUUGUGACGCCAUCCGAGACGUGCAGAAGUACUCUGGCCCUGAGCCCGUGCACGACGCUCAGGCCAGCCCAAACCUGUACGACCACGUCCACAUGAAGCUGUUCAGGGCCCAGAGGAACCUUUACAUCUGCGGCUUCUCUCUCUUUCUCUGGCUCGUCAUGCGCCGGAUUGUCACUCUGCUAAACCAGAUUGCUGAGACUUUGGUAAACACUGCAGGUCUUCAGGCACAGAUGGAUAAUGCAUUUAAAACAGCUGAGAGGCACCAGGAGGACAACCAGAUUCUCAAAACAGCUCUCCUGGAAAGAGAACAAUCUACGCUGAAAACAAAUAAUCAAUUGAAGUUGGAGAUUGAAAAGCUACAAAGUCAACUAAAAGUUGCCGAGGAAGCUGUGGGAAGGUCUGACGCUGAAGUUGAAGCCAUGAAAAAACAGGCCAAAGGUCUGGCGCAUGAAUAUGACAGACUACUAACGGAGCACCAUCUGCUGCAGAACCUCCAGAGUGCUGAGGAUAAAAAAGAUCAGUAAUCACGUAGCUGUGAUGAGAGCUGGGUUUACCUCCACUCCGCUCACAGACGAGAUGAUGCAGCAACAGCAGACGCCAUAUGUCUUCGUCACAAAUUUCUUCAGGUUUAAUUUCUUCUGGAGGAGAAGAUUGUUUAAUAUAUAUAAAAUCUUAGAACCUGUAACCGGCUGGAAAAAUGUUUUGAGAGUUUAUUGCUGAUUAUGACUUUUUUAAUAACUUAUGAGACCCACAGAUUCAAGAUGUAUUACUUAAUAAAGACGUACAAUAAUGCCCCAGAAAAGACCAAAAGACUCCAGAGUAGAUAUUUUGACUUUUACAAAAACACAUACUGUACAUUAGGGACAUUUUGUGAGAUUGUAACGUAGCAUCUCCUGUAUAGAGAAAGACAGAAGGACUCUCCUGUUAUUUUUAAACUAAUUCAAAAAUGUUUUUCCUGCAAACGUUUAUUGCAGGUAACCAGGAAAACCUGGAGUGGAGCUUCAGUGGAAGGAUUAUUCUCAGUCGAGUGGAAUUGAUCCUUUUGCAAAGCAAUAGAAACAACGCUGAUCGUAAAUGUUAAUUGUAAAGGUUGUCCAAACAGAUUUAUUUUAAAUAUAUCUAAAUAUAGCGACGCCCAUUUAUUAAAGGAUCAAUUAAUAUGAUGUGAAGUGGAUUUAAAGAAAAGUGUUUAAUAUCUCUUUCCUGUGUCAUUCCACUGAAGCACACAUAACUUAAUUCAUGAAAUGAUGUUGAUUUUUGGGAUUGUCACUGAUAUCUUGUGGGUGCUCCAUGUCAGUAA